AAAGAAAAAGAAAAGCAGAUUACUAUAGCCUAGCCGGUGGAGCAAGCUAGAAGUUGGGAAGUUCCUCCUCCGCUAACGUAGUAGGAAGGAACACGACAGGUAGAACACAGAAUGGUGCUCAUGCGAACUGUGUACCCAACCAUCGCUGUUCCUCUUCCUCUUCCUCUUUCAAACCUUCCCGUUAGGACCAAUUUCGCCGUUCGAUGUGCCAACGUUCACUCGCAAACGCAACUCGACUCGCGCAAGUUGGUUCUUGCCGUGAAGGAAAAGCUUGAAAAAGAACACCAUAACCUCCCUGUUGGCAGAAAUGGAAGAGAUGAUGAAGAUAUGAUACUGUGGUUUCUCAAAGAUCGCAAGUUUUCUAUUGAUGAUGCUAUUUACAAGUUGACUAAAGCCAUUAAAUGGCGUCGAGAUUUUGAGGUGUCUAAAUUAACUGAAGAAGUCGUUAAAGAUGCUCUUCAAACUGGAAAAGGAUACGUACACGACCUUUUAGAUAUCAAUGGCCGACCUGUGGUCGUGGUGGUUGGAUCAAAGCAUAUUCCUCAAGCACUGGACCCUGCAGACGAUGAGAGACUCUGUGUUUUCUUAAUUGAGAAGGCAUUGAGUAAGCUUCCAACUGGAAAAGAACAAAUACUUACAAUAGUUGAUCUCAGAGGUUUCAGUACCGAAAAUGCUGAUCUUAAAUUCUUGACAUUCUUGUUUGAUGUAUUCUAUUAUUACUAUCCCAAACGAUUGGCUCAAGUCCUAUUUGUAGAUGCACCUUUUGUUUUUAAGCCAAUUUGGCAGCUAGUCAAGCCCUUGUUAAAAUCAUAUGCUUCUCUGGUGAGAUUUUGCUCUGCAGAGACUGUUAGGAAGGAAUAUUUUACAGAUAAAACUUUGCCACCAAGCUUCAGAGAUUGAAAGUUGGAUGAUAUAAAAAAUUGCAGCAAACUUUACAAACACACUCUUAUUUAGUGUGAAAUAUAUAAUUUGAUGUGUUUGAUUUAGCAUUAGUCUUGCAGUUUGAAAGACCAAUGUGUGGAUGGAUCUGACGACAGAAACACAACAUUUAUUUAGUUGGAAAAAAAAUAGCUUCUUACUUGAUAUUCAGUUGAGAGGAAUAUGAGAGAAACUAAACUAUGCUGGAGAUUGGAGAAUUGUGUUAACUGUUAAAGAGGGACAUAAAAGCAACAUUAGAAA